UUUCAAAUUCAGUCCUCAGUUUCUAAAAGUUUUGGUACAUUUCUCCUUUUUUUUUUUUUUUAAGUUCAAACUUUGUUUUUUCAACUUUUUCAUGUUCAUAUACUUUUAAUUUUAUUGAAGAGAAAAAAAAAUAUUUAAUUUACAAAUUCAAAAACAAAAUCUUAGAUCAGGUGAAUCUACCUGAGACCACGCGAUUCUAGAUCGAUCCACCGGUGAGAGACGCCGGAGUUUUUAUCCCCGCCGCGAAGAGAGGAAACCCUUUCUUCUUCCCGAUGUAUUGGUGAAGUAAUCGAGAGGGGACAAUGAUGGAAGUGGAAGGAUCGAUGAAUCGUGCUCCUGAUCAAUCAUCCUUCUUACGAUCGAGACGAUCCAAAGCUCUGUAUCAGUUUAAGCAGCAGAAGCUCCCAGCUUGUAAGCCAGUCUUAACACCAAUAUCGGUUAUAACAGUGUUUAUGUUAAUGGGUUUUGUUUUCAUUCCCAUUGGCCUCAUUACUCUUCGUGCUUCUCGUGAUGCUAUUGAAAUUAUAGACCGGUAUGAUGUUGAGUGCAUUCCUGAAGAAUAUAGAACCAACAAAUUGUCGUACAUAACGGAUUCAUCUAUCCCAAAGAAUUGUACUCGUUACUUGAAGGUACAAAAGUAUAUGAAAGCUCCCAUUUUUAUCUACUACCAGCUCGAUAACUACUAUCAAAACCACCGCCGGUAUGUAAAGAGUAGAAGUGAUCAGCAACUUUUACAUGGACUGGAGUAUAGCCACACAAGUUCUUGUGAACCCGAGGAGUCAUCUAAUGGUCUCCCAAUUGUUCCUUGUGGGUUAAUCGCUUGGAGUAUGUUCAAUGAUACAUUUACGUUUUCUCGUGAAAGAACGAAACUGAAGGUGAGCCGGAAUAACAUUGCGUGGAAGAGUGACCGCGAGCAAAAGUUUGGAAAGAAUGUGUAUCCUGUCAAUUUCCAGAAUGGAACUUUGAUUGGUGGAGCAAAGUUGGAUCCAAAAAUUCCACUAAGUGACCAAGAGGACUUUAUAGUGUGGAUGCGAGCAGCUGCUUUGCUAAGCUUCCGGAAAUUAUAUGGAAGAAUCGAAGAGGACUUGGAGCCAGGAAGUGUUGUUGAAGUAAAUUUGAUGAACAAUUACAACACUUAUAGCUUUAGUGGGCAGAAGAAGCUUAUUCUUUCCACAUCGAAUUGGUUAGGAGGAAGAAAUGAUUUCCUGGGCAUCACCUACCUUGUCGUUGGUUCCUCUUCCAUAGUCAUAUCCAUCAUCUUCAUGUUGCUCCAUUUGAAAAAUCCAAGGCCUUAUGGCGACAAUUCGUGGAACAAGAAAAGCCUUGCAAGUUGAGAAGCUGUUACAUUCUUUCUCUAACAGAUUCAUAUUCCAGGUUCAUAUAUAUUCCUACAUACUCAAGAGCUGUACUUUGUCUAUAUAUAUGAUCAUCUAGGUUUAAGGAGUAUAUAACUUAUGUAUGAGCCUAUAGUUCUAGAAAACUGAUAAGGUUCCUCUGUUUUCUUUAUGACCCUUUUUGUGUUCGGAUCUCGGGUUCUAAAAAUUAAUGAUAAUUGUUUGACCCUUCUUUUACUCUUAAACCUCUAAUGUGAUGGGUUUAUUUGGGUAUAUCUUUUUUUUAGAGCCUCUAAGUUUAGAAAAUCUAACUAAAGCAUUAUAGAGAAUGCAUCAUUGGCUAUCUGCAAACCGUCCAUUUUUUUCAUCCAUAUCCCGAAAAAUCCUCAUGUUUUCUUCUCAGUUUUCCAUAUUUGUCACCUUAAGUAUCUCUAUUUAACCUCUCCCAUUUGUCUCCUCCACAUCAUAUGCACCUCUAAGUUCUCCCAUUGAAAGAUCUUUCAUUCAUUUAGUCAAAAGCAGCACCUUUCAAUCUUCCUCUGCCCUUGUCACCCCCGUAGAAAAUCCGUUUUUUUUUCCUUUCUCAAACUAAACCCGUGUUUUCCUUCUGCUGCAUUGGAUUGUUGUCGGGGAAAAGAAAACUGGGUGUAAGAAAAAAAAAUGGCCAAGGAAAUGAGGUUUGUUCAAACAUGGGGAGAGGUAGCACCAAGGCUUAUUGCAUCUCACCAGAAACAACAACAGCAAUUCUCAGACUUGCCAAAGCUUGAGACGAUUUUUGAAGAAGGAUGCUGCGUCGAUAGUCUUACUGUUAGGGCGCCGAAGCGGAUUGUAAUCUUUCUUCCUCUUGCACUCUCAAUGAUUUUGUACAUGGUGUUGCACAAAAGUAUCAUAGGUUAUUGAUUUGACUGUCUAUUGGUUUUGAGACUUUUUUAAAUAUGUGAUGAUGAGAAGAAGAGAAUGUUCUGAACGAUAAAAGAGAGAGAUUGGAAAUGUUGUUAAUGGUGGAAAGUUGAUGACAAAUCUCAAUAUGAAUUUAGGUCAA